GUCUUGAAUGUAGCACCACUGAGGCUGUUCGAAUCCCUCAAUGCCAGCGCCAGUGGUAAGCGCUUCGAAAACCCAAACAAACGUCAGUAGCUGUGCUAUCUAAGAGGUUUAUAGUUGUGAAAAAGUUUGAUCUCGUUAGUGUUUUCAGGUUUUGUGUACAUUUGAAACCGUAUCCAUCGGAGGCUAUCUUGCUCAUGAGAAGGUCCACUCUGUUCCUGUGCCAAUACCACCAAACCUCAGCAAGAAAACUGAAAACUGCACUGGAACUUCCUGUGUGAGAGAAAACUCAUUCAAGAAGGAAAGGAAGGAUCCACUUGACAGACUUUGGGCACAUGCUGUUUUACAGCCUUCAUUUUUUUUCCCUUUCCCAAGCAAAGCAAGUUGAUUGACCUGUCUCAAGGGAUCUUUUUUUUGGACACAUUUAAUUGUUAUGCAUCAUAUGAUAUGAAGAUCUUUUGACUUGUGGAAGAUUUUUGUUUAGCUUUUGAGCUUGCAGAUCUAUGAAAUCAGAGCUGUACCCUACAUCUGGUUCGGUCCGCCAACAGCAGAUAAUUAAAUGGGCAUCUUACAAAUGUGAUACUAAAACGUAUAAAGAUUAAAACAGCAUUAUAAUGCAUCAUCCACCAGCAUUUCUGUUUCACUAACCAAAACGGAAAAUGAUGGCAAUGUAACAUAGGGUUUUACUUCCUUCGUUGUCAUGUGACUUUGAUCCUUUGAGCAUUAUUUUCUUCAAACUCAGUCUUUUUCACCAGUUUAAUGAGGUGAGCAGUGGUUUUCAGUGACUUCCAUUGCCAAUAAGACUGUCUCUGAAGACUUUUUUUUUUUUUUUUUCUUUUUUUUUUUUUAUACUACAUGUAUUUCAGUAGAUCCUAAAAUGACCCGGUAAAAGGUGUGGCAACACAAAAAGAUUCUGGCACACAGUGUGGCAGGAUAACACCUGUCACUUUACCCUCCAUCUGGUGUCGAAGUGGAACUGCUGUAUGAACUGCUGUUUAUGUUUCAGGGCAGACGACUUUCACAGACUGCUUCCUUGUAUUAAUAGAGACAACGUGGCUCAUCUUCACCAUUGGGACAUAUCACCUGUCAAAUCAAUUCAUUUUGCCAGUCUGUAUAAAGUCCAGUCAGGUUCUGAAUAUUACUCCUGAUAAUAAGAGCAAAUGUUUCAAAUAAAUUAGUGAGGAAUUCAGUCUGCCUGGAGAAAACGUUACCUGGAGUGGAAACCGUAGGGCUCAGAAUUAAUAAGAGACGUGACCAGCUUGGGAGCUGCUGUUUCAAGAGGGAAAAUUGGUCUCUCAUAGACCUCUGUGCUUCUGCUUUAAUAUCUACUUCCUGCUAGACCAGUUCCCUGGAUCACCAUUCCAGAUCGUUCCUGCAACCAUUUGACCCGUCUCACCCUGGACGAAGGGAUCUGCCUCUGGGGAAAGGGGCUGUGCUGUCCUGGUGGAGGUGGAGAGGGGGUUAUCAGUGUGCUGCUCCCCUUCUGUCAGUGCACACACACUGUGAUCAGCGCCAACAGGCCUGAGGAACAGAGCCCAGCCGGACCAAAAGGAGGCAGAGGACUUCAGAGCCACAGACUCUGGGAUCCUGGCCAUGAGGUUUGAUGCCUCAAUCCACUGACCGGAAACACUGGACCUAAAUGGCGCAGCAUGACUUUGUCCCUGCCUGGCUUAAAAUCCCACCCCAGCCCGCCAAGUCCCCUGCUGCCAACCUUGACAAACAAGGCGAGCCCCACCACCACAGAGACAGCAGAACCGCUGUGAGUCACAACUCGUCUGAUGGCUUCUUUAAUAACGGCUCCCUGCGCGCUCCAGCAGGUGACGGAUGGCAGCAACCCUCUCUGCUUCUGAGGCAUGACUCGGUGGACUCGGGGGUGACCAAAGGAGGACAUGGUGGACUGGCAGGGGGCUCGUGUUGGAAGGAAACACCCAGCUGGCAUGGAGCCCCGCGGGGUGCCCAGGAUGGCCACCACCACCAGGGACGCCACCCCAAACGGGGAGGAGGCGACAGGGACAGGCAGGGGGCCCACCGGCAGCGCAAUGGCAACUUCCAUCCCCGUAAGGGUGCCUCGUACCAGGACAAGUUCCCCAACGAGGAACGCAAAGACAGCAAGGACGACAAGCUGAAGUUUGUGGAGGAGGACUUUCCUUCCCUCAACCCUGAAACAACUGGAAAGCCUGGGACUCCGAUGCGAGCAGUGGCUCCCCAUGCUGGAGUGUGGGAAAACCCCCCUAGUGGCAAACAGAUGGUGUCCAAAAUGCUGGUUAUCAAGAAGGUUUCCAAAGAGGACCCCAGCACAGCUUUCUCUGCGGGCUUUGCCACUGCCGGUGCCCUGCCCACCAACGGCAGCAAAGCUCCCAUUGCAGGUUCCAGCGUCUACAAGAACCUGGUCCCAAAACCUGCUGUGGCCCCAUCCAAAAACACCCAGUGGAAAUCCGGUGGUAGAGAGGUAACCAAGUCCGGCCUCCACAUGCCAGGCCGAGAUUCAGUCUUCACCAGCCCCAUCUCUGCAGCCAAACCCAGCACCUCAGUCAGUGCACCACAGCACAACGCCUCGAAAGAGCACCCUUCCAGCACGACUCCUCCCAUAGACAUUGCGCCGUCGAGGCUGAAGCUGAUGCGCCGUGGUCCGGACCGUAAGAGUGAGUUCUUGCGAGCUCUGAAGGACGAGGGCACCGGAGAGCUGACGACGAGCAGCAGCCCAGGAACAUCAGGAGAGGGUGAAAGCAGCACCCCAGAACCCAAAGCCUACACUGAGGAAGUCUGCCAUGAGAAUGGUCUCUCCUACUCCCUUAGUGACUCCGACACUGAACACCUGUCCAGCUCCCUGGAGGCAGAGCACAGGUUGCUGAAGGCCAUGGGCUGGCAGGAGUACCCAGAAAAUGAUGACAACUUCCUGCCUUUGACGGAGGACGAGCUGAGAGAGUUCCAGACUAAAACUGAACAGCUGAAGAGGAAUGGCAUACAGAGGAAUGGGGUUCUCGUAAGGGCACGGGGUGUGACCCUCCAUUUCACCCCCUGGAGGAGUGUGACAGAGACACACGUUGAGGAGGGCUCCGAAUCCGAAACCAGUAGCAGCAGCCAGACCUCUGACGAUGACGACUGCAUCAAAUCCUAACGUGUCUUUAUGGAACAAAAACAAAACAAAACAACAAAAAAAAACAAAACA